AGGGAGGGAUCGGGCAGGUGCCUCCGGGGUCGCACCUCCCCUGGGGCUGGCGGAGCUGGUCUGACGCCAACUCCCUGACUCUCGCCCUGAGCCUGCAGGGGAGACUUCGGCCCUCUUCAUCUGCACCCCAGGGCUCACUCUGCAGGCGGGAAUGUGCUGUUUGGGAAACUUGCUGCUGCUGGUCUCUCUGGGGCCACCCCCACCCCACCUCACGCGCGUCAUCCUCGCUUUCCCUCCCUCCCAACUCCCCCAGGCCUGGGUGCGGCCCUAUUGUCUGCGCGCCCGGCUUGCCCAACUGUGGGGGCCCAGUGCGCAUUUUCCCAGCUACACGGGCCCUACCUGCCCAGCAGGUGAGCAGCUGGAGUCCAGAGGCCCUGCCCUCCAGUCCCGGAGCCUGGUAGCCUGCAGCCACCAUGGAGGUGAUGAACCUGAUCGAACAACCCAUUAAGGUGACUGAGUGGCAACAGACGUACACCUACGACUCGGGCAUCCACUCGGGCGCCAACACCUGUGUGCCCUCGGUCUGCAGCAAGGGCGUCAUGGAGGAGGAUGAGGCCUGCGGGCGCCAGUAUACGCUCAAGAAGACCACGACUUACACCCAGAACCAAGGUGACCUAGAGUACCAGAUGUCCUCAACAGCCAGAGCCAAACGGGUGCGGGAGGCCAUGUGUCCUGGCGUGACAGGCGAGGACUGCUCGCUGCUGCUGACCACCCAGGUGGACGGGCAGGCCACCAACCUGCAGCGGCUGGCCGAGCCAUCCCAGCUGCUCAAGUCGGCCAUUGUCCACCUCAUCAACUACCAGGAUGAUGCUGAGCUGGCCACACGGGCCCUGCCUGAGCUCACCAAGUUGCUUAAUGACGAGGACCCGGUGGUAGUGACCAAGGCUGCCAUGAUUGUCAACCAGCUGUCGAAGAAGGAGGCGUCUCGACGGGCCCUGAUGGGCUCGUCUCAGCUGGUGGCGGCUGUCGUGCGUACCAUGCAGAACACCAGUGACCUGGACACGGCCCGCUGCACCACCAGCAUCCUGCACAACCUCUCCCACCACCGCGAGGGGCUGCUCGCCAUCUUCAAGUCUGGAGGCAUCCCUGCCCUUGUCCGCAUGCUCAGCUCUCCUGUGGAGUCGGUCCUGUUCUAUGCCAUCACCACUCUGCACAACCUACUGCUCUACCAGGAGGGCGCCAAGAUGGCCGUGCGCCUGGCAGAUGGGCUGCAGAAGAUGGUGCCUCUGCUCAACAAGAACAACCCCAAGUUCCUGGCCAUUACCACUGACUGCCUGCAGCUCCUGGCCUAUGGCAACCAGGAGAGCAAACUGAUCAUACUGACCAAUGGAGGCCCCCAGGCCCUUGUGCAGAUCAUGCGCAACUACAGUUAUGAGAAGCUGCUCUGGACCACCAGCCGUGUGCUAAAGGUGCUGUCCGUGUGUCCGAGCAAUAAGCCUGCCAUUGUGGAGGCUGGUGGGAUGCAGGCCUUGGGCAAACACCUCACAAGUAACAGCCCCCGCCUCGUGCAGAACUGCCUCUGGACCCUGCGCAACCUCUCGGACGUGGCCACCAAACAGGAGGGCCUGGAGAGUGUGCUGAAGAUUCUGGUGAACCAGCUGAGUGUGGACGAUGUCAACGUCCUCACCUGUGCCACGGGCACGCUGUCCAACCUGACAUGCAACAAUAGCAAGAACAAGACGCUGGUGACGCAGAACAGUGGCGUGGAGGCGCUCAUCCACGCCAUCCUGCGCGCAGGUGACAAGGACGACAUCACCGAGCCCGCUGUCUGCGCCCUGCGCCACCUUACCAGCCGCCACCCCGAGGCCGAGAUGGCCCAGAACUCCGUGCGCCUCAACUACGGCAUCCCGGCCAUCGUCAAGCUGCUUAACCAGCCCAACCAGUGGCCGCUGGUCAAGGCAACCAUCGGCCUGAUUAGGAACCUGGCCCUGUGCCCAGCCAACCAUGCCCCACUGCAGGAGGCAGCGGUCAUUCCCCGCCUCGUCCAGCUGCUGGUCAAGGCCCACCAGGAUGCCCAGCGUCACGUGGCUGCAGGCACGCAGCAGCCCUACACGGACGGUGUGAGAAUGGAGGAGAUUGUGGAGGGCUGCACCGGGGCCCUGCACAUCCUCGCGCGGGAUCCCAUGAACCGCAUGGAGAUCUUCCGGCUCAACACCAUCCCCCUGUUCGUGCAGCUCCUGUACUCAUCUGUGGAGAACAUCCAGCGUGUGGCAGCCGGAGUGCUGUGCGAGCUGGCCCAGGACAAGGAGGCCGCCGACGCCAUUGACGCCGAGGGGGCCUCGGCCCCACUCAUGGAGCUGCUGCACUCCCACAACGAGGGCACCGCCACCUACGCUGCUGCCGUCUUGUUCCGUGUCUCUGAGGACAAGAACCCAGAUUACCGAAAGCGUGUGUCUGUGGAGCUCACCAACUCCCUCUUCAAGCAUGACCCUGCUGCCUGGGAGGCUGCCCAGAGCAUGAUCCCCAUCAACGAGCCCUAUGCGGAUGACAUGGAUGCCACCUACCGCCCCAUGUACUCAAGCGACGUGCCCCUGGACCCCAUGGAGAUGCACAUGGACAUGGACGGGGACUACCCCAUUGACACCUACAGCGACGGGCUCAGGCCCCCCUUCGCCGCCGCGGACCACAUGCUGGCCUAGCUGGCUGAGCAGCACACGCCCUCCCCGCUUGGUGGCCUCCUCAGGCCUGCUGGCUGCUGAGACACACGCUUUCCCUUCCCCAGAACCUCCUUCUCGCAGAGGCCCUCUCAUGUCUCCACUGAAACCUUGCCUCCUUUUUGGGGGGAGCAAGUGUGGGACCUUUUGCUGUUGGGCUCCCUCAAGGCAGGCUUGCCUCGGCCUGCCUGACCCUGUGACCUGGGCUGGGGGCUGGGCGGGUCCUGCCCUUCCUGUGGGUAGUGGAACAGAGCAGCACCCAGGGGACUCAGGGGUGCCCUGCCCCCUGUGUCUUCCCCCCUAGGUGCACCCUUCUUCUGAGAGGCUCUCAUGUAGGCCGUGGGGUGAGUCAGAAAGUGCCUGAGCCAGGGGUGCAGGGCCGAGACUUCCUGCUGAACCCUGCGCCUGCAGGGGUCUUCCUCGGGGUUUCUUGGGAUGGCGACCUGCCCCUGCUUUUCUGUUCUGGACUGUGGGUCUAAAGAUACACACCCCUCACCUCUAGACCCUUCGCCACCCACACCAACCCCCUAAUCAUCCGGGGUGCCGGGUCCCCACGAGGGUUUGGUUCCUUCUCUUCGUCUGACGUUCUCACUGAACUCCACCUGAACAACUGUCCUGCGCCCCCGGGGUUUCUGAGACCCAGGUUUAAGACCAAACCCCUGAAGUCCAGAACUUCUCUUGAAAAGUUCAGGGACCUUCCCGGAGACGGGGUGGAGACACCGAGAGCCAGUCCCCGCUCCAGGACCCUACCCGCUUCUCUCCGGGGCGAUGAGUCACUGGCUUUGACCCCUCCAGGGGAGCUCUGGGAACAGCUCCCCCGCACCCCUGCCACCUAGCUGACCCCUGAGAAGUGCUCUUGGCUGACCCCUCUGGUGUGCGGUGAGGGGCUCUGUCUUCUUCCUGUUUCAAACUCCCCCCACUGCCUCCUGCUUUGAGGGUGGGGGCUGGGGGAGGUCCCAGCGGAGAGUUUUAUUAUUACUGCUUUAUGUUUUUGGUUAUUGGUUUUUUGUAUAGACCAAAGCAAAGAAAAUAAAAAUAACACACAGAUCCAAAGGAGGCUGUUGAGAUGGGGUGGAUGGGGAGACAUGAGGUGCCUGAUGCCCACCUGGUACGUGGGGAAGACUCUUGGAGAGGGGAGUCCAAGAGAAAGGAGCAUUUGAGAAGCUGAGCUGACAGUCCAGUGCGCACUUGCAGGGCUCCAACUUGGAAGCGUAGGAGCUGGAGGGGUGAGGUGAUGACUGGGGCUGAGCACCCCCUUCGGCACCAGGGCACUUAGUUGCAUGGGUCUUUACUUCAGCAGGCAGCCUCCUUGCCCUGCUCCCGGCCACCUCGAGGCACGUUAGGGGGUGGGGUUUCUCUUGGGCUUUGUGCUCCUGGAGUCCAGGCCCUCUCGACUGGAUGCCUUCACCUGCUCACCCAUUGGGAUCUGGCUCUGACCUCUGCAGGAACACGUCCUCUGUGCCACCACCACCACCACGCCCCACACGACCCCACAGCCAGGCUGGGCCUGUGCUCCUUCAUCUCUGCCCCAUAAUGCCCUGUGCAUGGCUGUCAUUUCACCCAACACAUUGGUGCAACUGUCAGUUUAUAUAAUGAUCCACCCACAUGUGUCCCCAAAUUCUUUCAGGGGCGGACUAGUUACAGCACACCUCCCCAGCCUGGUUUGCCUGUGGCACCUGUGCCAGCUCACCAGCCUGGGCCCACCUUCUGCACUUCGUUGGGGCUGGGGCAGUGGAGGGAGACCACAGCCUGGUUCUCCGGGAUCAGCAGCACUGGGAUGGACGUGGUGCUGGGGGCAGGACGGGGAGCCCACGAGGGCAUCGCUGUCUGGAGGUCAGGAUGAGGGACCUGGGAGAAGGGAGGGGACAGGAUGGGCUUUUCAGACAUCAGAGGUCUUUUAACAAUACAUUCUGUUCAGGGCAUGUCUCGGCUCUGGCUGCUAUAAGAAAAUACCAUAGACUGGGGGCUUAAACAAUAGGCAUUCAUUGCUCAGUUUUGGAGGCUGGAAGUCCAAGAUCAAGCUGCCAGCAGAUUCUGGCCUGGUGAGCUCCCACUCCUGGGCUGGUGGGUAGGUGCUUCUCGUGUGCGCUCUUGUGGUCUUCCCACACCUUAUUGCUGGAGAGAGCGCUCUCCUGCUGAGGUCCCUAAUUCCGUCAUGUGGUCCCACCUUCAUGGCCACCUCUGAACCGAAUUACCUUGCAAAGCCCUAGCCUCCAAAUACCAUAAUAUUGGGGGAUAGGACUUCAGCACAUGAAUUUGGGGGACAUUCAGUCCAUAAUAGGGCACUGGCAGGAAACACUCAACUGAAUGAUUCGAGAAUUUGGUAAGGGGACAACUUACAAAGGUGUGGGCGGGUGUAGGAGUCAGCAAGGGAGAAGACAGGUCCCUGGGCCUCUGGUGGGAAGGGGUGGAGUGCUUUUGGGGGACAAGACCGUGUGGAUGAGGCUCCUGACAAGGGCAGUCCCCUCUCUCCACCAGGGAGCUGUUGGCCAAACCCAAGCAAACCAGAAUGUCGUCCAUGUAGCCCAUUCAUGGUGACCUCCACUGCCCAGAGCAAAAUGGAGAGAUCUGGAAAGAUCAGUGAAAGAUAACCUGGCACACUCUUCCCUCCACCUUCCCAAAGGAAGAUUUGAGACACCUUAUAAGAAAGAAUUGCUUCCUCAAGCCUCAUAAUAGGCAAUGAGGACAAAAGAAAGGAAGGGGCAGCAAAAUACCCAUGUUAUUAUUUAAUAGUGCCCAUGACUGAAUGCUAUGUUAUAUUCUGAGCUUCCUGGCAGCCUGGUCAAAAAGGGAAAUAAUGCAAAUCAGUCAUUUUUUGUUUUUUAAUCUGUUAGACUUUUUUUUUUUUUUAAAGAUUUAUUUAUUUAUGCUUACAAGAGCUGGGGUACAGGCCAGAGAUGCGAGUUGGGGGAAUGUGUGUGUGUGAGAGAGGAUUCACCAGAGACAGAGUUGGGAACAGACAGGCAGACUGACUGAAAUACACUGCUGAGGGUGUUAGGGAGAAAUGAUGUCCUGAGUUAAUCCCAUACAGGCUUUGUGGACUCCACCCCCACUCCAGACCAAAGCCAUCAGGACAUUGGGAAAGACAAAUCCCAUCACCACCAAAGGGAAGGUGGCUGGGACCUGAGGGUGGAGUUAAGCAGCCAGGUUGGGUAUAAAAACCAAACACAUGGGCCUUAGGGAUCUCGCUGUCGCUCUCCUCCUGGCUUCACGGCUCCUGGCUUGCAGCCAGCACUCAGAGCGCCAUUUGGGAUUCCUGAUCGGCGGAUCGGGUAGGAUUCAUUUAAAACUUUGUCUCCCACUUUUCUCCCUGAGCUGUACAUUUCCUCAUUUCCCCUUCCCUUGUGAAUAAACCGUUUAUUAACCUUUCGCGUGUGCCUGC